AUGGGUCCCAACAUGACACCUCGAAACCGACAGAUCAUGAGCUCCUUCAUCCGCCACCUUCACGAUUUCACCCGCGAAGUCGAGUUGACGAUGGACGAAUGGAUGACGGCUGUCCAUUUCGUCAACUCCGUGGGUCAGAUAUCGAACAAAACUCGCAACGAAGCCCAUCGCGUGUCUGACAUCCUCGGUCUCGAAUCACUCGUCGAUGAGAUUGCGAACAAAAUCGUCACAGAAGGCGGCCUCGACCCAACUUCGUCGUCCAUUCUCGGCCCCUUCUGGUCGCCUGAGGCGCCUUUCCGCGAGCUGGGAGACAGUAUCAUCCAAGAUCCAGCGCCCGGCGGUCGGGUUUGCAAGAUGCACGGCACCAUCACCGAUCUCAGCACGGGGAAGGGCAUCCCUGGAGCGGUGUUUGACAUUUGGCAGGCGUCGUCGAACGGCCGCUAUGAUUUCCAGGACCCGGAGAACCAAACGCCCAACAACCUUCGAGGCAAAUUCCGCGCGGAUGAGGAGGGAAGGGGAUGCACCACCCAGCUGUACCCCAACGACGAUCCCUGGCUCUCAACCGACACCGUCUUCGCACUCAAGGACGAUCUCUUGUGCGACUUCAAACCUCUCAAGGGCGACGACAAGGCUGAGCUGGAACUCGAGUACAACGUCAUCCUCGCUCCAAGGGAUUACAAGGCCAAGAACACAUAA